UCUGAUGUAGGCAAUAAAUUUUUGGAAUUUGAUAUCGUUCCAGAUAUCAUUGAUUGUGUGCCUAGUAGCAUGGAUUUACUAUCAAUUUCCUAUCCAUCUGGUGUGGAUGUCAACUUAGGGAAUAUUUUGACACCUACACAAGUAAAAGAUCGUCCAAAUGUAACAUGGACCGGAGACGAUUGUGAUCUCUUCACUUUACUUAUGACUGAUACUGAUUUGCCAUCAAGACAAAUGAGAAUGGGGGAAUUUAGACAUUGGUUGGUGAUUAACAUUCAAGGAAAUGAUCUCAAUUCUGGUACAACUGCUGUUAAUUUUCUUGGAUCAGGAACACCUCCAUUCUCCGGUUUACAUCGAUAUACAUUUCUCUUAUUCAAACAACCUUUAGGGAAAAUGAAUUUUGAUUUGUCAUGUUUCCAUAAUAACGUCGCCAUGGCUCGCCAAUCGCAAGUGACACGAAACUUUAUCACCAAAUAUAGUUUGGAAAUCGUUGCAGGAAACUUUUAUCAAUGCGAAUACGAUGAAACUGUUCCUCUUAUAUUAAAACAGCUGGCUGGUCAAUGCUUGCACAAAUAAAGGAAGAUCAGACAUUGCGACGCAGAGUGUAAAUCAACAAAAAGUUUGUUGUCAACUGAAUUCGAAGGAAAUAUUUUAAUUUCCCCAAUUAAACUGUUUUUCAACUUUUAACAUGUUUAAACGUAUCUACUGCUUUGAUCACGAAUUAAUUCAUUGGAAAUUUUAGGAGUUUCAUAAACCUAGACUCUCGUAAUAAAUUUAAAAUACUUACAACAAUAAACCUGAGC